AUGUCUCUAACAAACGGCUCUCCUUCAGAAGCCGCAAGAGCAGCAAAGCUCUCUUCCCGCACACUCGCCAUCCUCUCAACCGAAGACAGAAACUCUGCUCUGCAAUCAAUCCACGAUGCACUCUCGGCAGCAAAAUCAGACAUCUUGCAAGCCAAUGCCCGUGACUUGGAGAUUGCGACAAAGUCUGCUGCUGAUGGCGAGCUGAGCCAGAGUAUCUUGAAGAGACUGGAUCUUUCUAGACCUGGCAAGUUUGAGGAUAUGUUGAAGGGGAUUUUGGAUGUGAAGGGUCUGGAGGAUCCUGGUAUGUGUUUGCGGUAA